ACAUAUCUGAAGUCAGUCAUAUCUUGUUUGUUUACAUACUGAAGCGCACGUCUCUCGGUUUUACCACAUCAUGUUUGUCCGUUGCGCAUAUUUAAUAUCUAUUUUUAUUGUAAGCUACGUAAAUUGUGAAACGAGGACUGCUAUAGCUCGCCUUGUGUCCCAGAAUGUAAACGGGAGCAUCGAGUUCACGGAGACAACUGCUGGGCUUCGAGUUACUGGGAGUAUCAUUGGCCUGCCCGCCGGUAACUACGGGUUCCAUGUGCACGAGUUGGGUGACACGACCACUUGCGAUGCGUCAGGUUCGCACUUCAACCCUGACGGCAAUACUCACGGAGGCAGAGAUCACACAGUGCGCCAUGUCGGCGACCUCGGAAAUGUCCUGUUUGUUGGAACUGGCGUUGGAGUGGCUAAUGUAGAUUUUGUGGACGAUGUUAUCGCACUUCGAGGGCGCAACAGUAUUUUGGGCCGUACCUUGGUACUCCACGAGCAAGAAGAUGAUCUAGGCCUGGGUAACAGUGAUAAUUCUCUGACCACUGGAAACGCGGGGUCUCGAGUAGCGUGUGGUGUUAUUGGAAUCAAAUCUCCCGGUGAGCCUUGGAAUUCGGCAACCACUGUGUCUCCGUCCGUGCUUUUGUUUUUAUUAGCAUUAUCAUUUGUUUUUCGUACCUAAUAUGUGAUUGUACUAAGUGAUGUUAUUGUUUGUAUGGCACAGAAUAAUAUACCGCGAGUAGAUUUUUCGCUUUCUUGGGCGUCUUAGCGAUAUAAGAUAUAGAAUAAACAAAAAUAUUUGUAA